UUCACGUAGGUAUCACAUAAAAUUACCGACUUUAUCGAUCGAGCGAUACUUUAAAAAUGGUAUUUUUUUAUUACAUUGUCCUAUUCGCUAUUGCUGCGGUCUCUAGUGUUGAUAGUGUUACACCAACAAAUCAGCUACUGGAGAAACAGAUACUUUCAGUUCUAAACAAAUGGCGUGAAGGCGGAGUCCAAACUAAUUUAUUUCCACUUCCUCCAUUAAACCUAAUAAACAUAAACCCAAUAGAUAGCUAUUAUGAUCAGAGAGGCAUUAAAAUCACAUUUUCAAUUGGAGAUAUGAAGCUGCGUGGACUGGACAAUUUCACAGUAGAAUAUUUAAAAGUGACGCAAAGCUUGGAUGAUAUUCGGAUUUCUGUGAAAGUUUUCGUACCCGAUUUAACUAUUAGCUCAGAUAGAUAUAAUCUAAAGGGCCGUGCUUAUUUCUUGUAUCCACUGGAAGGUUUCGGUAAAAUGUCGGCAAUGUUCCGGAAUGUGGAUGCAUCAUUAAGUGUUAACUUUGCUAACGUAGGUGAUGUCGGUAUAAAGAUAGACGACUUCAUAUUGAAUUUUAGUGCUGGCUCGGUCGAUGUUGAUUUGGAGAAUAGCACAUGGCCAAUAAACCACGUGCUGAACAAAGAGGGCGUGGAAAUUAUAAAAAACUUUCACGAAGACAUCGUGAAUAUCGUGCAAGACUACGCUGUACCAUACGUCAACGACUAUUUAGCUAAAGUAACACCGAGAGAAUUUUUAAAAAUAGCAACUAAUAUCGGCGAGAAUUCAUAUGUUAUCAACAAUAAUAUCAAAUAAUAUUGA